UCUUACUGCGGCGACUUGUUUUGUUUUGACCAUUUGCGAGGCAAAAAUUAAAUAGGAAUUAGGAAAUGGAGCCAAAGGCUAUAAGACCGAAGCCGGCGGGAAUGGGCAACCGCGGAGCAAUUCAACUGCCGAAGAAGAAGAGCUUGGCAAAGCGAACAUAUCACUGCGGCACCUGUCUGGCGGAGUUUCCGCGUCACCUUGCCGCCAAGACCCACGAACAAGAGUGCCAGGCCAAGCUGCGGCGUCUAUUCAUCUGCCGGCACUGCCUGACGCUCUACGGCGAUGAGUUCCGGCUGCAGCGACAUCAGGAGCGGAAGCACAAGGGCGCCCAGUUCCUGUGCCUGCAGUGCGGCAAAAAGUACUCGUCCGCCACCUUUCUCUACCGCCAUGUGGUUACCUGGCACGGCGAGCAGUCGCUAUUCUACUGUGGCAUGUGCGCGGACAACAGCCACGACGCAAUGAGCUUCAGCGAGAUGCGGCAGCUGCAGGAGCACGCCGAGGAGGUGCAUCACCUGCGCUCCCUGGAAUCUACGGCCAGCGAAACUGGCAGCCUUAUUGACGAAACCGAGGACCUGGAAAUGUUGGAGGAGAAUAUCGAAGAUAUUUUGCCCAGCGUUGAUUGGGGUGACGAUCUAACAUUUGACUGGCCCAUGGAUUUGGACAAGGAAUUGUGCAUUGUGGACGCCAAGCCGAGUGUUUUUGUUUGUCCCUUUUGCGCCAAUGGGUUUUCCGGCAGCCUGAGCUUAGUGAACCACCUGAAGCAAGCUCACCACCGGAAUGCUCUGGAGUGCUGCUACUGCGGCCGAAGUCAUGGUAGCCGGGAAGCCCUGCGAUCCCACCUGCAACGUGUUCACGUCCUGUUGCGCGCCCAUGUCUGUGACGUUUGCCAGGCAGACUUUGCCACCGCGGAUCACCUAAAGAAGCACGUAAACAGCAAGCACCUGAACCAACGGCCGUACGUGUGCCACAUCUGCGGAAGUGGAUUCGCCCAGCAAAGUCACUUGAACCAACAUAUGAAGUCGGAACGGAAGCACGACCAGUUCACAUGCCAAUUGUGCCUUUGGCCCUUCUUUCGGGCCAUCGAUCUCGAGCGUCAUGUGAACGAGAAGCAUCCAUAG